AUGAGACUGAAGCUGAAGGUUCAGAGGCUGCAGUGCUGCACCUGCCCUCGAGGGGGCAGUGUGAGCUCCUGCACAGCUGAGCAGGAUAAACAGACCUGGUCAGAGGUCAGAGUUCGUCCCCCGAGAUAUGAGGAGACUGUGAAGAGAGCUGUGGCUCUGGUUGAGGAAGACUUCAGGCAGAAGAUUAGCAAGUUGCUAGCAGAAGAGCUGAAGAGGGUCCAGCAGUUUGCAGUGGAUGUGACUCUGGAUCCUGAUGCGGCUCAUCCUAACCUCAUCCUGUCUGGUGAUGGAAAACAGGCCAAACAUGGAGAUGUGAAGAAGAAUCUUCCAGACAAUCCACAGAGAUUUUCUCACUGUGUUUCUGUUUUAGGACAGCAGAGUUUCUCCUCAGGCAGAUUUUACUUUGAGGUUCAGGUUAAAGGAAAGACUAACUGGGCUUUAGGAGUGGUUAGAGAAUCUGUUGACAGGAAGGGAACCAUCAACCUCAGUCCUCAGAAAGGUUUCUGGACUUUCUGGUUGAGAAAUGGAUAUGAGUACAAAGUUGGUGCUGGACCUUCAGUCCGUCUGCAUCUCCAUCCUGGUCCAGAGAAGGUGGGGGUGUUUGUGGAUUAUGAGGAGGGUCUGGUCUCCUUCUAUGAUGUAGAUGCUGUAGAUGUGAUUUACUCCUUUACUGGCUGCUGCUUCAAGGAGAAACUCUACCCGUUCUUCAGUCCUGGUCUUAGUGAUGGAGGUAAAAACUCCUCUCCUCUCCUCCUCUCUCCCCUCCUCCUCUCCUCUUCCUCAGUGAUGAAUGGUUACAGCAGAGCAGGUGACGAUAAGCUGAGUGGUUCUGGUCGUAUCCGGUCCUUCAUCCGGUCCAGUGGUUCCUGUUGGACAUCAGAGGAAAAACAGAACCACAGAAGAAGAGUUGAAAUCAGGAAGGAUCUGACGGACCGCACGGGCCUGGUUCUGGUAGAACCAGACGUGUUCAGAGGUGGUUCUGUUGGACCAGAACUUCACCAAGAAAACAGCAGGACGAUCUCAUUGGGCCGACCCAGACCAGAACCAAACAGAACCAUCAGAGCAGUCGGUUGGAGGGAGGGCUUCGGGAAUCACAUGGUUUACGUUUGCAGCUCUGUUAGACGCCAUUUUGGAGGAAAGUUUGGGAUUUGUGAGACCUGGAAGGCUGCAGGGAGAGGAGCAGGAGGAGUGGGAAGGAGCAAACAGGAGGACUCGUCCACUCGGGGAGUGGGACACGCAUUCAGCUCUCAGGCUGCGGCUUGCAGGGCUCUGAGGUCUGCGGGCCGGUGCGGGAUCGGGCGGUGGGACAGAGUGAGGACUGCCUCCUCCGGGCUGGAAGUUUGUCCCGGGUUUUGUGGAAGGAGGUGCGGAGCUCCGGAGCGGCUCGGUCUCCUCCUCUGCAGCCGGAGCAGCAGCUGCAGCGGCGGGCAGCUCCUCCUGCCUGGCUCCCUGCCUGCCCUCAAACUGGGUGUGUUUAACGCGGACUUUGGCGCAGAGCAGAUCCCGGAUCCCAGCUGCUGGAAAACAGAUUCCCAGUUUCCUUCCAGCGCCGAGCAGCGGCCAGCCUGCGCGCGGCCAGCCGGCCGGAGGCGCCGCUGA